UUGCGUUGGCCAUUCAUCCCCCACUUAUGGAAGUAGCAGGUUUUGCUUUUAGCUAUGUGUUACCUCGUUUCCUCUGGGAAUUGAUAGUGGUUUACACCCUGACAAAACCAAGCGAGCAUUCACAACCAACGAACGAAGUAAAAAUUUCAGCGGUUCGGCAGGCAGCAGCGAAAGCAGUUAAAGAUUUUUGGGAAAAAAACUGUUAUUAUGGAUUGGAAGGAUUUAUAAAUCAAUUAACGCUUGUGGAAGUAGUGGGAACUGCCAAUGUAGAAGCCAAAUUCCAAAACCUAGAUACUAAAGAAGCAAUCAAUAACGAAAAAGACCGUCUAAUUAAACUGAUUGAAUUAGCCAAGAUAAAAGAAGUAGUUAAAGAGGAAAUUUAUGAUGCAUGGCUAGGCAAAUGCGGCGAAUAUGGUCCAAAACAAG